GUUGGAGAGCGGAGGGUCGCUUUGGGACUAACAAGACUGUCAUUCAGCGGUUCGGGGGAAAGCUGCAGGAUCUGGAAACAUAUGAUCUGAGAAGGUCUGUUGGUCCUCCGGUCUGCUGGUGUCAGGAUGCAGUUCUCAGUCAGACUGUGUCUCUGCCUGCUGGGCUUUGUUCUCAUCACUGUGUUCCCUCACUCAGCACAAGGUCAAGUUUCGUCACCACGGAGAUUUCGUACAAAAAUCCUGAACCCCAACAAGCUGGAUGUGUCAUGGAAAGAGCCAAAAGGAGAGUUUGAUAGCUACAAGGUCACUUACACCAUACAGCCAGGUGGAAGACAGAAAGUGGUUCAGCUCACAAAGCAGGAGACAAAGCUGCUCAUCAAAGAUUUUGACUCCUCUAAAGAGUACAGCUUUAAGAUCACUGCAGUAAAAGGUGGACAGGAGAGCAAACCUCUUCAGGGUAAAUUUGAAGCUCAGCGAUCAGGUGUUGAAAUGGUUCAAUCCCAAAGCAGACAGAACGGCGACAUCAGACAGGAGAAUGAGAUUUCAGAAGGUGAAGAGGGAUUCCUGUGUAAGACUCCAGCUGUAGCAGACAUUGUGAUUCUGGUGGACGGCUCCUGGAGUAUCGGUCGCAUCAACUUCAGGCUGGUUCGGACCUUUCUGGAAAACCUUGUCAAGGCCUUCUCUGUGGAGUUUGACAAGACGCGGAUUGGCCUGGCUCAGUACAGUGGAGACCCCAGGAUCGAGUGGCAUCUGAAUACUCACACCACAAAAGAGGCUGUGAUAGAUGCUGUGAAAAACCUGCCGUAUAAAGGAGGAAACACAUUGACAGGUUUGGCUCUGACCUUCAUCAUGGAGAACAGCUUCAAAGUAGAGUCUGGCUCCAGGCCUGGUGUUCCAAAGAUAGGAAUCCUCAUCACAGAUGGGAAGUCCCAGGAUGACGUGAUCCCCCCUGCACAGAGCCUGAAGGAUGCUGGGAUAGAACUGUUUGCAAUUGGUGUUAAAAACGCCGAUGAGAACGAGCUGAAGGUCAUCGCUUCUCCUCCUGAGGAAACUCACGUUUACAACGUGGCAGACUUCAGUGUGAUGAGUGACAUUGUGGAAAGUCUGACUAAAAUCAUCUGUGAUCGCGUGGAUCAGCUUGACAAACAGAUCAAAGGUGGUGGAGAUCCAGCCCCUAUUCCCACCUCUGUGGCUCCACCUCGUGACCUUGUGACAUCUGAGAUAACGGCUCGCAGCUUCCGAGUGACUUGGACCCAUGCGCCAGGCCAGGUGGAGAAAUACCGUGUGGUUUACUAUCCCGCCAGCGGAGGACAACCAGAAGAAAAAAUGGUCCAGGGGACAGAAAACACUGUGGAGCUGAACUACCUAAACUCUCUGACCGAGUACCAGGUGGCUGUUUUCGCCGUCUACCGCAGCUCCGCCAGCGAGGCCCUGAGAGGAAGUGCCACCACAUUGGUUCUGCCCACAGUCAACAACCUGGAGUUGUUUGAUAUCACUCACAGUACCAUGAGGGUCCGCUGGAGGGCCGCCGCCGGUGCUUCGGGGUACAUGAUCCUGUACGCCCCGCUGACAGAGGAGAACCUCGCUGAUGAGAAGGAGGUGAAAGUGGCAGCCUCCGUGAAUGAGGUGGAGCUUGAGGGAUUGACUCCCGCCACCGAGUACACAGUGACAGUUUAUGCCAUGUACGGCGAGGAGGCCAGUGACCCCAUGACCGGCCAGCAGACUACAUUACCGCUGCUCCCUGCAAAGAACCUCCGUUUCUCAGAUGUGGACCACAGUUCAGCCCGGAUCACGUGGGACACCCCCUCCAGGUUGGUCAAAGGCUACCGCGUCAUGUAUGUGAAGACCAACGGAGUCCAAACCACUGAGGUGGAUGUUGGCAUGGUGACAUCCUACAUGCUUAAAAACCUGACUUCCCUGACUGAGUACACAGUUGGUGUCUUUGCUCUUUACAAUGAAGGACAAGCUGAAGCCGUGACGGAGAGCUUUGCAACAAAGACAGUCCCGGACCCGCUGAAUCUGAAGAGCAGCAACGUCUCCACAAACAGCUUCAGGGUGUCAUGGCAACACCCGGCCUCUGAUGUGGUGAUGUAUCGGAUCAUCUGGAUGCCGACAGAUGGAGUAGACAGCGAGGAGGUCCUGGUGAACGGGAAUGUCAACACCUACCUGAUAAAAGGACUAAAUCCCAACUCAGAGUAUGAAGUCCUCCUGGCCGCCAUCUACCCGAAUGAGUUUGAAAGUGAUGAAGUGGUCCUUGUUGAAACUACUGCAAAGAGAACAACUACUGUCGCUACAACAACCACAACAACCGCAACUCCUCGUUACAUGGUGAAGAAUAUGAGGAUCGAUGAAGAAACCACUUUUAGUAUGCGGGUGUCCUGGCAGGCUGUCGACUCCAGAAACAUCAGACAUUAUCGACUGAACUAUGUCAGUGCCAGGGGGGACCGUGCAGAGGAGACGAGGACUGUUCCCACUGGUCAGAACAGUCUGGUUCUGCAGCCUCUUCUGUCAGAUACUGAGUACAAAAUCACCAUCACUCCAGUUUAUACUGAAGGAGACGGGCCGACAGCCUCAGAAACGGGACGGACACUUCCUCUUACAGCACCGAAGAACCUGCGAGUGUCAGAGGAAUGGUACAACCGCUUCAGGAUCAGCUGGGACGUACCACCUUCACCCACCAUGGGGUACCGAGUCGUCUACCAACCUCUUUCGGCUCCUGGACAAGCUCUGGAGACUUUUGUCGGGGAGGAUGUGAACACCAUGCUGAUCGUCAACCUGCUGAGUGGGACAGAGUACAGUGUCAAGGUUAUAGCAUCCUAUACCACUGGAUCCAGCGAGGCCCUGUCAGGAAAGGCAAAGACCCUGUAUCUCGGGGUGACCAACCUGAAUGCAUAUCAGGUGAGGAUGACCAGUGUGUGUACCCAGUGGCAGCCUCACCGACACGCCAGCUCCUACAGACUGGCUCUUCACUCGCUGGUUGGUAGUCAGAAACAGGAGACCAAGCUUAGCGGAGGAUCAAGCAGACAUUGUUUCAAUAAUCUGAAGCCCAACACAGAGUACAAGAUCAGUGUGUACGCUCAGCUGCAGGAUGGGACCGAAGGACCUCCAGUCACUGCAACUGUGAAGACGUUACCAGUCCCAACACCAGCACCGACCAAGCCUCCCACCACCACCCCACUACCCACAAUCCCUGCUGCCAAAGAAGUUUGCAAGGCGGCCAAAGCAGACCUGGUCUUCCUGGUUGAUGGGUCCUGGAGUAUCGGUGAUGACAACUUCCUGAAGAUCAUCCGUUUCUUGUAUAGUACCAUUGGAGCUCUAGACCGGAUCGGACCAGAUGGUACACAGGUGGCUAUUGCUCAGUUCAGUGAUGAUGCCCGGACUGAGUUCAAACUGAACUCAUACACUGACAAGCAGCGUCUGCUGGACGGCAUCAACAAGAUUUCCUACAAGGGAGGAAACACCAAGACCGGUCGAGCCAUCCAGCAUGUGAAGGAGAACAUCUUCACCGCUGAGGGAGGAGUCAGGAGGGGGAUCCCUAACGUCCUUGUGGUUCUCACCGAUGGUCGAUCCCAGGAUGACGUCAACAAGGUUUCCAAAGAGAUGCAGAUGGAAGGUUACAUCGUAUUUGCUAUUGGUUUUGCUGACGCUGAUUACGGGGAGUUGGUGAGCAUCGCCAGCAAACCCAGCGACAGGCAUGUCUUCUUCGUGGACGACCUGGAUGCCUUCCAGAAGAUCGAAGAGAAGCUGGUGACCUUUGUGUGCGAGGCCGCCACCGCCACCUGUCCAUCUGUACCGAUGAGUGGCAGCACAACACCAGGUUUCCGGAUGAUGGAGCUUUUUGGGCUUGUUGAGGAACGGUACAACAGCCUCUCUGGUGUUUCCAUGGUUCCUGGCACCUUUAAUGCUUUUCCCUGUUUCCACCUGCACAAUAAUGCAUUGCUGGCACAGCCAACCAGGUACAUCCAUCCUGAAGGACUUCCUUCUGACUACACCAUCACCCUGCUGUUCAGACUGCUGCCCGAUACUCCAGAGGAGCCCUUUGCCCUCUGGGAGAUCCUCAACAAGAACAAUGAGCCACUGGCUGGAGUCAUCCUGGACAAUGGAGGAAAAACUCUAACGUUCUUCAACAACGACUACAGAGGAGAGUUUCAGACUGUCACUUUCGAAGGGCCAGAAGUCAAAAAGCUCUUCUACGGCAGUUUCCAUAAGCUUCACAUUGCAAUCAGCAAAACGAGUGCCAAAGUGUUUAUCGACUGCAAAAUGGUGACAGAGAAAAUCAUCAAUGCAGCAGGAAACAUCACAACUAAUGGCAUGGAAGUUCUGGGAAGGAUGGUGCGCUCCAGAGAGAACAAGGACAGCUCGGCAUCGUUCCAGCUGCAGAACUUUGACAUUGUCUGCAGCACUUCAUGGGCCAACAGGGACAAGUGCUGUGAGCUUCCUGGUCUGAGGAAGGAGGUCGACUGCCCAGCCUUGCCCAAAGCCUGCACCUGCACACAGGACAGCAAGGGCCUGCCUGGCCCUCCUGGACAACCAGGAGGCCCUGGAAUCCGAGGAGCCAGAGGUGAUCGUGGCGAGCCGGGCCCAGUAGGACCAGCUGGUCCUGUUGGAGAUACAGGUGUACCUGGACCUCAGGGACCCCCUGGACCACAAGGACCCAGUGGGCGCUCCAUUAUUGGACCUCCGGGCGCUCAAGGAGAGAGUGGACAGAAAGGUGAUCCUGGACAGCAAGGACCACAGGGAGUCCCUGGAAGAGGAGGAGCUCAAGGGAGAGAAGGACCUCCAGGACCCAGAGGUCUUGAAGGUAAAGAUGGCCCACCAGGCAGACAGGGCCCCCCAGGACCUAUGGGAACUCCAGGAGCUCCAGGUUCCCCAGGAAAUGCAGGACCUUCAGGAAAACAGGGGUCACUGGGACCACCGGGUCCUCCUGGAAACAAGGGGGAUAAGGGUGAACGGGGUGACCUUCAGUCCACAGCAUCGGUUCAGGCCAUCGCCAGGCAGGUUUGUGAGCAGCUGAUCCAAAGCCACAUGGCACGCUACAACUCCAUCCUGAACCACGUUCCCAGUCCUCCGGUGUCCAUCCGAACAGUACCUGGACCCCCAGGGGAGCCUGGUCGACAGGGAGCCCCAGGACCCCAAGGAGAACAGGGACCACCAGGGAGACCAGGCUUCCCAGGACAGAACGGGCAGAACGGAAACCCAGGAGAAAGAGGUCAACCAGGAGAGAAGGGGGAGAAGGGAUCUGCAGGGGUUGGUGUCCAAGGCCCCAGAGGACCCCCAGGACCUCCUGGUGCCCAAGGACAAGGCCGACCUGGCAGCCAGGGUCCAUCAGGACGACCUGGAACUCCUGGAUCUCCUGGUCGGCCUGGAGUUCCUGGACCAGUUGGCCCUCCAGGGCCUCCAGGAUACUGCGACCAGAACUCCUGUGUUGGUUACAACGUUGGAGAAGGUGAAGAUAACACUGACGGCGGCGCUGUCCCCUCAGUCCAACUUCCGCCCAACGUCUUCCAAAACUACGGUGAGGUUGAGGAGGAUGACCCAUACCGCUACUACCAACCCAGCUAUCCGGCCCCACAACCCGUGUCACCCGAUGACCCCACACUUGAUGACAUCGAGCUGAGGUCCCCUGGGGUGUACCGAAGCACCAGGAGCGUAGGGAAGGAGGGAGAGAAAGCUGGGUCGAAGAAGAGGCUAAGGAGAGGAGGGAAGACCUUGUCUGGACUAACUAACUGAGAGGAGGUGAUUGGAGGACAGCGGGCCGCUUGCUGUUUCUAAUUGGCCAGCUUGGAGCCGUUAUGAACUACUCAACAAGUGCCUGAUGUAGAGGAUUUCUUACGGACAUUGUAGAGGAAAUGGGAUGGGGUAUGAGCUUGGGACUAUUUUAACUUACCUAUGCUAUUGAAUUAACUUCAAGAAAACAGAUUUAUGUAGUUUUAUUAAUUUUGUUUCAGUUUUUUUAUGUUGUUUUUUUCAUCCCUCUUGGUUGCUUAAGUGCCUCUUAAUAGUCUAACAAGAACCUUUUUUCCCACAUUUAUUUCUGGAAAAAUCUUGUCCUCGAAGGUGUCAUGGUGAACUGCUGAGCAUUACCAUCCUUGGCGUUAUCCUUUCAUUUCUGUUAAUGUUGAAAUAUUUUACUUUACCUUAAAUUUUUUCUGAUUAACAAGUAAAAAGAUUAAAGGGAUUUGAUAUGAAACCAUCUGCUAAGAUACAUUUUCCUUUAAAUCAAUGUAAUUUGGUAUGUUCAUGUUUCUAUCAAUCACCUCCAUUUUUGUAUUGAAGGCUCCGAAACUUCACAACCAUUUUUACAGUUUUAGAGCAAUUAUUUAUGUUUUGCAUGUUGUUUUUUUUCCACUUGCUAUUUGUAUUAUUUUCAGAUCUCAUAGAGCCACAGAAAUAUUUUACAGUUGCAUAUAUUUUGUUUGUAUGAGCAGUUAUUACAGUAUUAAGCUCUAUCUGAUGAUGCUCAGUGUUUCAGAAGGCUGAUAAAAGUCUAUGUAACAACCACACAAUGAUAGUUUACUUCAGGAGAGAGAGAUUAUGUGUGUGUGUAAAUGUUUUCUGCUUCUGUUAAGUUGUGUCAACAGAAUCUGUCGAGUUUGGUGCAAAGAAUUAGUUUCAGUCAGUGAAGUAGAAAGCUAACUGAACAAAUAUUUGAGCAAAGAAGUUGUUUUUAUACCUGUCUCUCACCGUGUGAUUUUUAAAAGUAGUUCAUUUUUCUGUUCUUGAACUUUUUCUUCAGCACAUCCUGUCUCAGUGUGUAACAUUUAUUAUUAACCUAAAUAAGACAAAACUCUGGAUCUCCUUGCAGGAACUUGAGACUGACUUGAUGAAAGAAACUCAACAGCUCACAUAGUUUGAAGAUGGAAUGACUUUGGAUUAAUUUAUGUUUCUGAAUCAUUAGAUUAGUUUAACUGCUGGAUAUGCAUUAUAAACUCCAGUUAUUUGGAAUUGUUUUUCUCUGUAAGAGUGAAUAAAUUGAGCCAGAAGUUUAAGCACAUUUUAACAUUUUUCUAACAUCAUCUCAGUUGAGUUAGUUUCCUGGGCCUUCAGUCUGCGAGGACAGCCUCUGACCAGGAUGUUUUAAAAUAAAUUCAAGGAAUUAAUUUAUUUUUUACUUGGUGUUUUUUUUUUUUUUUUU